CAUAGGUGAGGAUGAGGAGCUCUGCUGUGUUUCAAUGGAUUAGUGCAAUUACUACUGUUUUCUAUUCAAUCACGCUUGAUUCUAUUCUAAGAUACCCACUCGUACUUCAACAAUGAGAACAUAAUGAUUCGUGACACUCAUCAUUAUCCUCAACCCUAUGAACGCGUGCCUGACAACCACUCCAUUCUAUCUGAGCUCAACGUAGUCAUUGGACGACAGCUUGAGUGCGUAUCGAGUAAAGUAUCAUUUAUGUCCCCAAUGUUUGGGGUAAGUCUCAAGCCUAUCCCUAACAUUUUAAACGUCUUAUUUGUGUCCCAAACGUUUCUAAAUCGCAUCAAUGUUGUCCAACCGUCCAAAUUACUAACAUUUGGUUAACGGCGUUGCAUACGUGGAGGUUACUGUACACGGUGGCAGGGCGUUUUUAUGUGACCAUUAUUGAAUCAAAAAUAAAAGAAAAAAGAAACAGAUAACCAUCAAAGAAUGGUCCUCUUGGAAACCCUAAUUCUGCAAAUCUUCUCUCCUCUUUUAUGCUACACCUUCUGCGAAGCUCGACUUCUCUGGUUGAAAUAGGAUGGAGGCUGAUGCAUGCCAAUCUGAAGCAACACACGGCAGCAAGCAGGCGACAAGAAAUAGAAACCAGGCAUGUCGAAGGAGGACAACGUGCUACUGUGGGGAACGGCCUGUGCUUGCCACCUCAUCGACGGUCGAAAAUCCCGGGCAGAGGUUCUGGGAUUGCGUUAACUUUGGGAUUGGAGAAGAAUGCGGCUAUUUUGUAUGGGCAGAACCAGAGGAAGAGCCCUCACAAGUUUCAAGGCUAAGGACGAAGGUCAGAAAUUUGAAGAGCAAAAUGGAGAAGGUUGAGUUCAGGUUCAUGGUUGCAAUGGGAGUUGCUUUAAUUGGAUGGACAGUUGCCCUAAUAUUGGUUUGUGAGAAAACAAGCAGCACCAAAUUUGGCAGACUUUUACUACAAUGAUAUUGAGAUAGUGAGAUUUAGGAGAAUAUCAUUAGAUCCCAACUUGUGCUCUGUAUUUUUGCCUAGAAAUAGCACUGAUGUUGACAUGGUUGGUUUUUUGUUGAACUGAAUGAAAUUGUAAUGAAAUGAUGUUUUGAUGAUUUAAGUUUGGCCAAAUGCUAUAUUGUGCUUGUGUAAAAAAGUGCAAUGAUAUAUUGUGCAGCUGCAAUGUUAUAUUAUGCAUUCUGUUUAAAGUGUUAUAUUUUGCAUUGUUAUAUUUUGAAGCUGAA